AAAAUGUCCUUCGCAACCAAUAAAAAAAUGAAACUUUCAGUUCCAUUUCGAUUCCUUUAAAUUUGAGGGGAAAAGAAAUGGUGUGGUUGUGAUCAAACUGAGAUGUCCGUUUCUCCGUGGCUAUCUCCCAAACAAAACCUGAUUCGAUUCACUACACCAACUGCCUCACCUCGAUAUAACCUUCCAUUGAUCCGUUCGAAUUUCGCAAACGCUCUCGCCGGAGGAUCGGCGGACAUGGCAGUUAACUCCGUUCGAGUCGCCGUCGCUCAAAUGACCUCCGUUAACAAUCUUUCUUCCAACUUCGCUACCUGUUCUCGACUCGUCAAAGAAGCAGUUUCAGCUGGAGCAAAACUGAUAUGCUUCCCAGAAGAUUUUUCUUUUAUGCCUGCCAGUGAAGGGGAAAGUCAAAAGAUUGCAGAGCCUUUGGACGGACCAAUUAUGAACCAAUACUGCUCUUUGGCAAGAGAAUCCAGGAUAUGGCUAUCGCUUGGAGGCUUUCAAGAGAAGGGACCAGAUGAUCAACAUUUCUACAACACACAUGUCAUAGUUGAUGACACUGGAACCAUCACGAGCAGUUAUAGGAAAAUACACUUGUUUGAUGUUGACGUUCCUGGUGGAAGAGUAUAUAAAGAAAGCAGCUAUACAAAGGCAGGAGAACACAUUGUAGCAGUUGACAGCCCUAUUGGACGACUUGGUCCGACUGUAUGCUAUGAUUUGAGAUUUCCAGAGCUCUACCUACAGUUGAGAUUUCAACACAACGCACAGGUUUUAUUGGUUCCUUCAGCUUUUACAAAAGAAACUGGGGAGGCACAUUGGGAAAUUCUUCUUCGUUCUCGUGCAAUUGAGAAUCAAUGCUAUGUCAUAGCUGCCGCUCAAGCUGGAAAAGCUAAUGAGAAAAGAGAGAGUUAUGGUGACUCCUUAAUCAUUGAUCCAUGGGGAAAAAUAGUUGGUCGCUUAUCUGAUCGAUUGGCAACUGGAAUUGCUGUAGCAGACAUUGAUUUUGAUUUGAUCGAGGCAGUGAGAACAAGGCUUCCAAUUGCCCAGCAACGGAAGCCCUUUGAUUUUUGGAAACCAGCGUCAACCUGACGCCUUGCUCAUUCAGGUGCAUUCACAUUUCACUUUUUGUUGAGAAGAGAUAUCUGGAGGGCCCUUAUCCAGGGCGGGCUCCUCCGUCUUCCUUUGAGCCAGGUUCGAGGUUACUUGGCUGCUGCUGGGCACUUUUCUUGAGAGGAUAUUCUUGAUUCAACGUUGCUUGCUUUAUUCCUAUUCCACUAGAGCUCUUAUUUCUUGAAAGUUUUAAUCUAAAAUUACAUGAUAGAGCUGGAAUAGGAAGUUAUUAGUUUAUUUAUCUGAUCUUUUUAGGAGUAGAGAUAGAGGUCAAGGGUUAGUGUCAAUUAGUUCUUGGGUUUACACCAUAAUACAAGAGCUUAAGUCUUUAAUUAAUGAAAGUUAAAAGUUUAAUGUUAUAACAUUGAACUAUUCUGCA